AUGAUUGCGAGAAACAUCUACCAUAUGCCGCAUUCGUUAAGGACUCUCACACCCGAUCCUACACCAAAGUUUUCGUCGCCUACACUGUCAUUUGAUUUCAACUCUAUCAAAGCUCGGGCGAUGGGUUCUAGGCCAUUGAGCCUACAUAUUCCGGCUGGGAAUUUCCCACCAGCUCGCCCUACGCUUGAUGAAGUUUUGAACAAUACCGCUCCCUAUCCUUAUACACUUUCGGCCUUUAUGGCGUAUCUCUCCCAAAAUCACUGCUUGGAAACAUUAGAGUUUACCAUGGAAGCAAAGCGAUAUCGAGACUCAUAUCUAUCCGUUGCCCGCAUGCUUGGCCAGAGCAUAGUUCCCGCUGACGCCCCUCAAACGCAACAAUUGAUCACGCUUUGGCGACGUUUAAUAUCUGCCUAUAUCGCGCCAGGUGCACCUCGAGAGAUCAACCUUUCAUCAGCCGCUCGAGACCCUUUACUCGCCAACGCUCAUGCUGUGGUGGCUCCGCCACCGGAACUACUAGAUCCUGCCGUACGAACUAUGCAUGAUCUGAUGGAGGAAUCGAUAUUCAUCCAUUUUGUGAACAGCCAGACUUUCGGGUCUCAGAUGCCUUCUGGAAUGGAAACUCCUUACAUUGAAGACCGUCCACAUCGACUUCGACGGGCCACAUCUCGUUCUCAAAGGCCGUCUUCGGGUGGAUCAAGAGACGAUUCUGCAUAUCACCGCAUGUCUUCAUCCGCUCGAGUUGCAGCGCUAGUCAAUACGGGAAGUCACCUGUCAGGCUACAGUUCUAGCGGCGACUCUGGAUCGCCCGUCUUUACAGACGAUUCUCUAUCGUCCAGUCCAAGUGCGAUGGAUCCAAUGACCCCGCCCACAACACCUCCCGGAAGUGAACAGAGCUACAGCCCAAGAAGCCGGUCUGAUACCACGUGGAAAAAGAUGGGAGCGAAGCUGGGCUUCAAGAAGCGGCCCGGCAGCUCCAGUCGCGAUGGCAGAUGGGAGGAAUGA